AGAUGAACAAGGUGAAAUUUAUUAGUACAAACGUUUUCUGUUUAAAACCUCCAAGUGUUACGAAUUUUUUAUCAGUCAGAAAAUCAAUUUUCAAAUAGUAACAAGAAUCAACAACAAUCAUUAUGGGAUUACUACAAAAAUAUUUAUUUAUUGCCCUGAUUGGCGGAUGCACUAUUAAUUUAUUUUAUGGAUUACCAAUGGUACCUGAAAAUAACGGCGAAGAUUUUGAUGAACAAGAUUCUGGUAAUCUGACGAAUAGUACGGGAGCACAAGAUUUAUACGUUAUUCGGGCUGUGGUUUAUGAAGUAGGAAUUUUAACUAAUGCUACAUCUAGUGAAGAAGAUUCAUCGGACAGUGACGAGGAAGUAGAUUUAUCGUUCUUCCGACAACAUCAUAAUGGAAGUGUUAUUGACUUAUCCAAUAUUCCAACACCGAUCCAAACCAACAUAAGUGGUAAAGCAAUCACAGGCAUAGCACCAAUAAAUUUUGGCACAUUUGCAGCUCCAGCUAAUAAUCAAUCAAAUGCUUCACUGGUGGUACUUCAAAAUAAUAACACAGUACCAAUAGCAAUACCAAAUGCUGUUAUUAGUGUAACAUCAAAUUUUAGUACGAAAACUUUGGGCACUCAACAAGAUAUUUUAUCGAAUAUUGCACCAUUGUUACCAGCAACAAUUAAUUCAACAAAAUAAUUGAGAUUUUUUAGUUUUAGCUGUAGGUUUAAUUACUUGUGUUUUCUUUUUUAAUUUAAGUUCAUUUGAGACUGAAAUCAAUUACUUUUAUAUUAGAAUUAU